CACAUGUAAAUAAAAACAACGUGCGCUUCGCGAAGACUUCGUCGGUACUUUUUCCUGAGCUGUUUAAAAAAGUUCUAUUCUUGUUAAUUAAAAACCUCGUAAAACAAUGAGUGACUCGGAAUCGGAUACCAACGAUCAAGCCGGGGACAUCGAGCACUUCAGCGGACCGGUGGAGAAUGCGUGGCUGCUGAAAAUCCCCGAGUUCAAGAAGGAAGAUAACCCCCAAGGACUGGCCGAAGAAAGUUCCUUCUCCUGCCUGUUCCCGAAGUAUCGGGAAAAGUACAUCAAGGAAUGUUGGCCACUGGUCGAGAAGGCUCUGGACGGGCACCACCUGAAGGCGGAACUGGAUUUGAUUCAGGGUAACAUGACGGUGAAGACCACCCGAAAUACAUGGGAUCCAUUCAUCAUUCUGAAGGCCAGGGAUUUGAUUAAGCUGUUGUCCAGAUCGGUUCCCUUCGAACAGGCCGUGAAGGUUUUGGACGAUGAAAUAAGCUGCGACAUCAUUAAGAUUAAGAAUCUGGUUCGGAACAAGGCCAAAUUUGUUAAGAGACGAAAUCGAUUGAUUGGACCUAACGGAUGUACGUUGAAGUCUCUGGAAUUACUGACCAAUUGUUACGUUUUGGUCCAGGGAGCAACGGUAUCUGCUAUUGGACCAUACAAGGGCCUUCAGUGUGUGAGAAAAGUCGUUGAGGAAACGAUGAAGAACAUUCACCCAAUUUACAACAUCAAAGCUCUGAUGAUAAAACGAGAACUGAUGAAGGACGACAAACUGAAGGAGGAGAAUUGGGAACGGUUUCUUCCGAAAUUCCAGUCCAAGAACACGACCAAACGUAAGAAGCCCAAAGAGCAGAAGAAAAAGAAGGAAUACACACCUUUCCCUCCGCCACUGCUUGAAAGUAAAGUCGAUAAAGAGUUGGCUUCCGGUGAAUAUUUCCUCACCGAAGCACAGAAAAAGGCGAAACGGAUGCAGGAGCGACGGGAGAAGGAACAGAAAAGCUCCAACGUCCAGAAGCAGCGGCGAGAGAAGGACUUUGUGGCUCCGGAUGAGAGCAAACCGAAACCGAAGGGUGAUGCGAGGAAUAGCGAUAAGGUUGAUGUGAAAGCGUUGAAGUCCAAAAUUGCUAAGGCGAAUAAGAAAGCGAAAAUGGUUAAAUAAAAAGUUAUCAGUCUGUAA